AAGUUGCGGGAGCGCGACUUUAUCCGUGCGGUCCGGGAUUUUGACCACCACAGCAACAAAGUCGGGCUGAAGGAUUACCACCUGAAGCCGAAAGAGCAGUUCAAGCGGACUUCGGACGAUAUCGGCGACUUUUACACGACGACCGGCGGAACCACGGUUUUAAAGUACACACCGAAGGUGGGCGGCGUUCGGAUUCACGACGAGCAGCAGCUGACCCACCCAAAUAGCUUGGGGAACCAAGAACAGUUCCGCGAGUCGGGGAGCAGUAAGAUGUACGACUUUUCGCACCGAAAAGACUACGAUUUCCGUCCCUCGGUCAGGGAGCGGUUCUACACGACCCGGUGCGACACGGGCCGCGCGACCUCCGCGCCAAGGUGGAUCCGCAGGAAAGAUAUCGACGUGUUACAGCAGUACCGAAAAAUGGGGCCCGCCGGGCUGUCCCGUGCGGCGUACUUACACGAGGGGGAGGAGAGCGAGCCAUUGGAGGUGGGCCACGACGCGCUCUUCGGGGUCAGCGUCCACAAAAAGGACAGCUCCUUGAAAAUGGAGCGCCGGAAAAACAGCCCGGGAGUUGCUGGGAGCAAUAGAAAUACUAACAAGGGAGGUGGACGAGGUGGACCACGAGGAUCCCCGUUGUACUAUCAAGGUGAGCAAAAUGACACCACAAGUCUUCAGAAGAAGAACGUGAUCGCUAACAAAUCGCACCCGGACCACCUGAACGCCAUUAUGGAAGUCGAGCGGCGAACCACGCGGGGCGACCACAAGCACACCGAGGCGCACGGUGCGUUCUCCUCGCACAAACACCACGUAGCGCACGCGGGGAUCAAGCCCGCGGGCUUCCACGCGCAGCACGAGCAGCGGAUGCGCGGGCGCAGCACCGAGGGCCACGUGAUGUACAGCAAUUCGGAGAACGUGAAACGCUUGAUGUCAACCCCCACGGACCUGGAAAUCCAGGCACUGCAGAACAGCCGUCCGAAGCGGCUCAUGCUCCCCCCGGCGCAGUUCGCGACGCCCUGCGACCGGAGCGGGGGCCGCAAGGACCGGUUCGACAUCGACCAGGUCGCCCGGAAGGCCCGGUAUGCAUUGCAAAUAUGCCUGGGUCUGGAAACUUGUGAUGCAAGUCCGCGAACAAUAAGUGCUCUGUAAUGCGCCGCCAAGCAUGACAAGUUUUUGCGUGCUUCUGUGAUGCGUAUUUCGCAUGAGAAACUGCGCUUUUGCAUGACCGGCAAGACGACCUCUUGGUGGCCGCGCAAUACAGAUUGCAGAGUCAUGCCAGACUAGCAUGACAAUCUUCCAGACCCAGACAUUUUUGCAUCUGAUACCCGGUGGGCCAGCCCGAUCGGCCGGACGUCGCAGGGCGGGGCGGAAAUUCUCCAGUUCCACCCUAAAGGGUUCACGGAGGUUGAUGAAGCGGCUUUUGAGAAACAAGAGUCGAAGCUGGAACGGUCCCGGUCCGCGCCGCCCGGGAUGCUCGUGCACGGAAAGGGGAAACGCCUGAUGAAGGAGCGGGCACACACGACGUACGACAGCAGCAACGUGCUGAAGGUGCUGGUUCCGCCAAACAAGGAGGACGACAACGACCCGAUACCGGAGGUCUUCGGGUUCGACGAGCUGAUCACGUUCCACCCCAACCGCUUGGCCGGCCAGGCGAAGCGGGUGAACAGCGACGUGAUGAUCGACUGUCUGCGGUCACCGGACGCGGACUUCGCCUGGAACACCUAUUCGAAAUCGGGGUUGCGUUGCCGCGUGGCCGACGCGCACAAGGGGUGGCACUUGAAGAAAGAGAAGGACUCGGAACACGACAACGUCGACUAUUACCGAAAGCUCCACCGGGCAGGGGACAAAAACUUUGACGCGAUUCGCGGGAAAAAACACUUCCCGUACGAGCAAAAGGAUGAGGUCACGUUUCACAUGGUGGAAGAGGAGAAGGGAAAUGAUGCAACUCAAGAACGGGGAGGACCAGUGGAAUCGUAUCAAGUAACUGCGCUCCCGAAUUACCUUGAAGAUGCGUCGUCUGCUCAGGUGGGUUUAGCUGGUGCAGAAGGGAAGGAGGAGAUGGGCAUGAAAGGAGAAGGACCUCCCGCAAGGGCGAGUCCAGUUUCGAAGAAUAAGCAGAAGGGAGCCAAGAGGUCUGCUAAAGUCUCUACGUCUCAGUACACCGAAGACGACAUCAUAGCAGCCUCGCCCUAUCGUGCCUCCUCGAUCAUCAGUCAGGUGCCAGAGGAAGAGAUGCAGAUUCAGGGAGCUGGUGGCAAUAAAAGUAAACCAGGUGGCGCAGCCACCAGAGCCUCAAAUAAAUCGAACGGGCGGAGCAAGUCGAAAAACAAAAACGGCACGAAUUCAUCCCCGCAGAGGAGGAGCAAAACCGAGGUGAAGCGGCAGGCGCCGGCUUUUCGAGCGGCGUCGAUUAUCAAUCAGGUGCCCGAAGAAGAGAUUGUGAUGGAUAGCGUCAGGCUGUCAUCUGCUUCUAGAGGUGGUUCUGGGGUAGAAGAUUCUGCGAAGAGGGGUAAAAAAGACGCGCAGAGAGAUGCACAACCAAAGCUGCGGCAAGGCCAAAAUAGAACCUCGAAUAAGCCAAGACCUUCAUCCGGUAUAGACAGCUACGUCGACAACCUCAAGAAGCCCGCGAGUGAGGUGAUUGCACAGCAAAAGGCAGCCAAGAGCAAAAAGGAUAAAGGUUCAUCGAGAGGAGCAAACGCAGAAAGGGACUGGGCCACUGUCGCGGAACACCGCAGGAGUGUGCAGGAAGGGAGACUACUGCAGCAAGCUGCAGCUAUCAAAUGCAAAUGUGCCUAGGGGGUAGGGUAGGCCCAAAGCUUUUGGGUCGAUAAAAAUACAGCUUUUUUUGCAUUUUUGGCAUACUUGCUUCAACAAAAUUGCAGAGCUUUUGCCCCAUUUGCACAGUCCAUAUGUAUCCACUUAUUGCGCCACGGCUUCGUCUGCGCUUUCUUUGUUUUGUGCGCGUGCUAUGUGGCUCUUCAAUUUUGUGCUGCGCGUUGAAGAUGCUGCGCCGCUAGUCAUCUCGCCAUGAAGAAGUCCACGGGGGGGCCGUUGUCGGGGGCAGGCCGCCGCCUGCUGCUGCAGCGCUUUUCUCAGCGGCAACGGGCCAAAAAGUUCUGGGCCCGUUGCUGCAAGUGGGAUCUGGAGCAAAUUUCUCGGCGUAGCCCGAAAGGCCCGCCCGAAACCCCAAUCGCGAUGAUUUGUCUGCAAAGGUUUACACUUAGUUGCGAACAAAUUCACAGUCGUGCCAUGGCCUUUUGCGAGUACGCAGCAGCGUGCGUACUCGCUCCUCACCCAUGGCCUUGGGCCUUUUUCAUCGCAGCGCGGCGCUUCCAGGCACCUUCGUCGAAACUGCUUGUGCGUCUUCGGCAUCCGCUUCUCAUUUGUGGAAGGAUGUUUUCUCUUGUCCGGUGCGUCUUCGGCACCAGCUUCGGCACCAGCUUCGGCACCAACUUCGGCACCAGCUUCGCCACCAACCUCAACACCGGCUUUUUUCCACCUUCUCGCUAAUUUUUUCUGUGUUUAUCCUACCCCCUAGGCACAUUUGCACAGGAUAGCCCUAGGCACAUUUGCACAUUUGCACGUGCAGGAACAGAGACUACUGCAGCAAGCUGCAGCAACGGCAGAACCAAUGGCAAUGCAGCAGCGCGCGUCGGCGGCGGAGGCAAUGGCAGCAGGAGCAGGUGCUCACGAGCCUGUAAUUCCACCAGCGACCACGAUUGGCCACCGCGGGGACGGAAGGUACUGAAAUCAAUGUUUCCUUUGGAAGGUGCAACUGAUUUUUGAACUCAACUAGGUUCUUCGUCUUCUGGAACGAGAUUGGGAUUAAUUUGAGUAUUCUUGCGGAACAUCAAUAUGACAAAUCCAAUCAAGAUGUUAGUAGAUGUUCGCUUGCUGGCACAUUCGUACUGAUCAUUUGUCCAGCCAAACAGCCAUCAAUUUCCUAUUUAUUAUCCCUUCCCACCUCAGCCACUUCGACGCUUCCCAGCGGCAGGCCCCGCACGUGUUUCCUUUCAACACCGUUCACACCCACCAGCGGGGCCCCAACCACGGGCACAACAAGCGACAGACCCGGCUGUCGCGGACCGCGCGAAACGUGCCGCAGUUUCAACACAUCUGGCACAACGAGAUGCUGCACAACCGAAACGACCUGCAGGCGACGCGGUUCAUUCGCUCGAACUUUCAGACCGAGUCCAACCGCGUGGGCGCCGGGCGCGUGGACCCGCCGUUUGCCCCGGGUAGUGCGGACCACUACCGACAGCACAAGCGGAUCCUGAUCGCCAUGGACCCCUCGAGGUUGCACGGCGAAGACCCCAUCACCUGGAAAACGGACAACACCCGGGAGGGGCUUUUUGACGCAAAAAGCGGGGAUGAGUAUGAUUUUUUGUAGGGAAAACACAGGCGGACGCAUUCGUUCAAUCAUCGUGAACGUAAAGCUAAAGAUUUCAUCGCUAGUCGUCUGCUGCUGUUUGGUGUAUGCGUCACCGAAGAAAUGGAAAGUAUUACGAGAGGACUACCCAAGAUCAAGAAGAUGAACAUCAAUGCUUUUUCAGAAUUUUGAUUUUGAUUUUGCCUAUCACCCAGGCGCCUGCAGGCGCUUUGUUUCUUAGUUUUUGGUCAUCUACUACACCCAUCUACUUCAGUAUCAGUACAUACCCUCAGAAGUUGUCCGAAUACCCUUCGGCAGAUGCGGAUGUCAAAUAUUUGUUUCUUUUUUGCUGUCGGAUGACUUGAGUACUCUACCUUGAGUUUCGGAAAAUGGAGCCACGACUUUCGAU